UACCAUCCUGACUGCUGAUCCACAUAUCUGACCACCUACGCGUCCUACAGCUUUCGCUCUAUCAAAUCUGGCUGCUGAUGUUGAGGGAUAUUCCGGCCCUCUGCGACAACACUUCUCCCUGAUGACGACUCGAUGAUCAGCGUUGCGACACCUAGGCGCAUCCUGCCUGGAUGCCCGUCCUGAAUCCCUUCCUGCGCGCGCUCUUUCAGAGUAGUGUGCUUGGGCAUGCUUUGUCCUCCCAGCACUAUGUCCUCCUCGUUCCCACCACAGAGUCACUCCUUCACGGCCAGGACCGUGAUACCGGCAAGCGGUAUGCGGACCAGGUCGAAGAUGAAGAAUUCUUGGGCAGUCAUAUCCUCCGCAUCCCCGCUCAUACAGCCGCAAAGGAAGGGAAUGUCCGGGACAAUCGUGGGAAGGCGAAGACGUAUGCAACUGUCAAUGGAAGAUCAGUUAUACUGAAAGAGAACAUUGUGUACACCAACAAAGGGUUCAAGCAGCUCACCCAGGCAUCCUUAUUAUCAGAUCUUCUAUACUAUUCCCCGGCCGCUGAGACGCAACAAUGGCUGGUUUACUACAUUACGAAACCUCUCACAGGCGUGUUCGAGGCAUUACCCUUAAAACCUGCGAUACUCGGAGAGACCAAAACAAUUGUUGCUCCGCCUGCCACUUCGUCUGCGGAACCAACGCCAAAGAAAAAAGACAUCAAAUCCUUCAACGAACUCCUCAACGGCUUUCCAAUGAUUGCACGCCAAAUGCAGCCAGGCUUGGAGAGGCUAUUCAACGAAUUCGGCAAAGAACUGGGAAAACCUCUGCCUCCACCUCCCUCACGUAAUUCCACGACAAAUUCUCUGGACGAGACGACUCUGGUCCCCGAAAAUGGGUCGAUCAAGUCAAAUGGCUCAUUGAACUUACCCUUCAAUUCUGCAGCUUAUUUCGAGGACGAGGAAGAUCUUAUGCGACGAGCACUCGAGACCGCUGUUACCGCCGCCAUCGACCUCUUUCAAGGGGUUGACAAGCAGCAGCUCUCCUACCUCGGUGCCACAACUGACUUGACCGGCCCUGACGUGGAACGAUUGAUCGAGCGCUACGUCGCUGAAUAUGUCCACGAUAAUCUCUUGUUCCCUCGACUUUGCUCUUUUCACAAGGCUCAAGAUCAAGAUCUGGAUCGAAGAAUACGUCAGAUGGAUUGUCUGGACGUGUCUCAAGUGGGUAUCGCUAUAGAGGACGGGAAGAAGGGGAAACGUGAUCUAAUCGGGCGCAUCAACCGUGGAGUCGCUGUUUUCCGGAGAAUGGGAGUAGCUGGUAGUCCUCAAGAGAUGCUGGACAUUCUGCUAGAAACCCAGAGAGUGGUGUCUGAACAAGGCGUCUCGGAUGAAGAGAAGCGAAUUGCAUUGUUGACGAUCAAUGCAGACAUCCUCGUGUCACUGAUACUCCUGGUCGUCAUACGGUCCUCAGUACGGCAUCUACAAGCGAGGUUGUCCUACAUGCAGCGCUUCAUCUACAUUGACGACGUCGAAAGCGGGGAAAUUGGAUAUUCCUUAAGUACGCUGGAAGCAGUCUUGACCUAUUUGGCAAGAGAUGCUAAUGGUCUACGACGGGCAUCGAAACGGAACCAGAUAUUAUGGAACGCCGUUAAGUAUGGUAAGUUGGACGAUGUACGAUCUGUGUUCGAAGACUCGGCUAUCAUCAGCGACGACUUUGUGGAGGAGGCCCCUGUGAUGCCGCCCCUCUCAAGGCAAACAACCCAGUCUUCAUUGUCACGGCCCAUAGACACCCUGUCUAGAAACAACUCGAGUGAAGGAGGUCUCGCGCAUGUCUUUCCUUUCCAAGCUGUGCAGAAGAAACCAUCCCUUCCGAAACAGAAGAAGAAGGUCAAGGUACAACAGCGAAGUAUGUCGAUAUCUUCGGCGUUGUCAUUUGCAUCCAGAGCUGCUACGAUUGAGACAACGCUCAGUGGUAUUGAAGGUGAUACAUCCGUUGAGAACCUGGCGCAGACGCAGGAUGCUGCGGGCAAUUCGGUUCUUAUGAUGGCGGUAGAGAGCCAGAAUCCACAAGCGCUGCGGUAUCUGCUCAGUUUGUCCGAACAUUACGGGAUCAAUGAUAUCCUAGACGAUACCACGCAAGAAGGAGCCACCCUCCUGAGUGCAGCAGUUCAACAUGCCAACACCGAGCUUGUCGAUAUCGUCCUCGACUUCGCGGAACAGCAUACGGAUGAAGCAAGCUUCAGAGAAUACCUGGCUAUCAAGGAUUCUCGAGGUCGAAGUGUGGCACACUACAUUUUCAACACGCCUUAUCUCAUCAAAAGACUCGCAAAUGUGCUACCAUGGCGACAGAAGGACAAGAUCGGCCACACGCCUCUCUUUGCCAUUUGUCGAACAUACGACCAUUCCGACUAUGGCAGCAUGGUUUCUGAAGCAUUGAUUGCUGCCAAAGAGUCUCAAGGCGACAACGCGCCUCUCCGCAUAGAGGACCACACGGACAACAAAGGAAAUUCGCUGCUGCACAUCGUCAAUGACGCUACCAUUAUGCAGAGGAUCCUGCAGUAUUGCGAUGUCGACCUGAAUGCCAUGAACGACAGGAAAUUCACGCCACUCAUGCUUGCGAGCAAAUACGGCCGAGUCGAUAUGGUGCGCAUAUUUCUGGGCGAUGCCAGGAUAGAUCUUCACCUGCGGGAAGCGCGAGGUUUGACAGCUGUGGAACUCGCCAAAGACGAUGAAGUUCGCAAUCGCAUCGACGAUUUGACCUUGUUCUCUCCUGAAAACACAGCAGAUAUGACUGGCAGGAUCACCGCCAUCGUCAGAUCGUUCUUCGUUGAGGAUGGUUCAACGAGAUAUAUCCUCAAAUCGGGAGCUCCAAACCCAGCAGUCUCAAGUACGACCUACACUAUCACCACGAGUCGAAGGGCAUUGCAAGAUUUUGAGAAUCUCGCCAAGUGGCUGUCCAUGGAUUACCCUGCUUCGUAUAUGCCGACGAUGCUGGCUUCGAAGUUCCGCAGUCCGUUCCAGUUGCACUCGCGGCCGUCUCGAGCUGUCCUGUACCAAGCGCAGACACACCUUGAUCGAUUUCUCAAGAUCUUGAUGAAACAUCCUACUUUCUCGACGCACGAAAUGCUCUGGGAAUUCUUCUUGGUGCCAGACAUGCUGCAGGAGCAGAUGGCGGAACGGGCCAGGCUGAAAGGAGAGCUCGUUCAAGAAAAGAUUGCCGAUGACUAUGAUCCGCUGACUACGAGGGCGGAUAUGAAUGCCGUUGAAUCACUGGUUUCUCAUUCACGAGAAAUGGUCCGGAGAGUCAAUACGAGUACCCGCGCCGUGAUCAGACGGGGACAUGUAUAUGUCCAGGCUCAUGCUGACUUGGCGGAGAGCUUGAGUCUGUGCGCAGUCGCAUUCGCCACGUUGGGAUCGCCUGCAACGACAUUGCCGAAACUGCAUGUCGACACGUUUCUGAAAAUUGCCACGCUGAUGCACACAGAGACCGCGUCGAGUCCACUCGCCAAUAACAUUAUGAGCCUCAGCUCGUUCCAGUCGACCAUCGCUGCCGUCCAGUUGGCGUUGAUGAAGCCGAGUGUUUUGAUCAGUCAGAUUGUGAGUCUGCAGCGGAGUACGGACAAGAACAAGGCGAAUCUGAUGAACGGCUCCGUCCCGCGGAAGGGGAUUAUGAAUCUGAAUUUCCCAGGCUCGGAGGAGAGUCGGGUCAAGUCGAUCAAGGAGACAGAGAAGAAGGUCAUGCAGGCGGAGAUGGAUGUCGAUAGACUGGGUAAAGAACUCAGGUACACCCAGGAGAUUGUGGUUGGUGAACUCGCGGGCUGGACGACAUGGCGGGAGGAAUGGGGGAAAGACGAGAUCAAACGGCUUGCCCGCAACACAGUGAUUAAGGAGAAAGAACGGCUGAAGUGCAUGCAACGAGCGUUGAGGGCGUUGAAAGAUGCUUGAAGCCGGGUCUGUGUAUGAUUGAUACCCUCUUGUAAAGGUACCUGUAAUGCGGGAAGUGGUAUGCUGUGCUAUAGACUAUCUAGUGACACUGGUAGGAAUGCAGUUUCCUCUCUUGCACUCGGCGUUAUCAUUUCGUAAGGGCCUGGGUUGUCGUGCU